AUGUCGCUGAGAGCUUUGAUAAAAAAACUCGAAGUUCCCCACGAGGGCGGCGUCGCUCCCGACCGAUGGAUCAACAACGACAUCAAACCGAUUGAGAAGGAACGCAGAACCUGGAAUUUCUGGACAUUCCAUAAUCUGUGGGUCUUAACGAACACCAACAUCUCGACAUAUAUGGUUGGCAGCUCCAUGAUCGCGCUGGGCCUGACUUGGUGGCAAGCAAUAAUUUCGAUCAUCGUGGGCGCGAUAAUAUCUACAAUCUUUAUCGUCUUUAAUAGUAUGCCGGGCUCAUACUAUCACAUUGGAUUCCCUGUCGUCAACCGUUACGUCUGGGGUCUUUACGGAAGCUCCUUUGUCAUCUACAACAGAAUCCUCCUGUCAUUAGUAUGGUACGCGGUGCAAUCCUGGAUCGGAGGUCGAUGCGUCUAUGUCUGCCUUGAGGCCAUAUGGCCAAAUCUAGAGGAACGCAUCCCUAACCAUAUCCAUGCCACCGGCUUGACGACAGCGACCUUUAUGACUUACGUCAUUUUUUGCGUCCUGUCACUUCCCUUGAUCUGGAUCCGCCCUCACAAGCUGAAACCACUCCUGACAUUUGGAGUCGCCAGUAUAUUUGUUUACUUCUUCGUUGUCCUUGUCUGGGCUCUUGCAACCAUGGAAGGAUUCGGUGAGAUUAUCUCCAGUACGCCAGCUCUCCAGGAUGUUUCCAAAGGCUGGACCAUUUGCUAUGCAAUCAUCAGUGCUAUCGGUGGCAUUUCGGCGGGUAUCUUGAACCAAGCAGACUAUGCUCGAUUCGCACAACGCCCUCGAAACGCGUGGUACGGCCAGAUUGCUGCUGCUGCCCCGUAUUCCAUCAUCAGUUCGGUUAUCGGAAUUCUCGUUACUGCAGCUACCCAGCGACGCUAUGGUGCUCCAAUCUGGAGUUUGCCGGACUUGAUGAUCGCAAUGAUGCAUGCAGGCGGUUCUCGCUCACGUGCCGCUGGAUUUUUCGCCGGGGUGGCUAUGGUCAUCUCUCAAUGGGGUAUCAAUAUUCCUGGAAAUGCUUUAUCCGGCGGCUUUGAUUUGGCGGCGACAUUUCCAACUUUCAUCAAUAUUCGAAGAGGCGCAUACAUCACUGCAGCAUUGUCAGUGGUGGUCAACCCCUGGCAGCUGUUGGCGACCGCCUCGACAUUUCUCAGUGUAUUGUCAAGCUAUUCAGUGUUCCUGGGCCCCAUGAUUGGGUUGAUGGUCUCCUCGUAUUAUAUCGUCAAUAAACAAAAGAUCAAAGUGGACGACCUCUUCUACGGGGACAAAAAUAGCAUUUACUGGUAUACCUUUGGGAUCAACUGGCGUGCACCGGUAGCGUGGGCUUUAGGCGUCUGGCCCUCGAUGCCAGGUUUUGUUGCCGCUGUUAACACGAGCAUUACAGUCCCCAUUGGCUGGACCCGUCUAUACUACAUCAGCUUCUUGGUAGGGACUGCCAUCUCAGCACUCUUCUUCGUGGCGUUGCACCGGCUCUUCCCCGUCCACCCCAUCAAAGACUACGUCAUAUCCGCACCCAGCCGCCGACAAGUUCAGGCUGAAUACCGAGCCAAAUGGGACGGUGAAGAUGUUGCCAACAUUUAUCACCGUCCAAAGGAGGAUGAGAUGGUGGUCGAACAGUUUCCGCACAACAUCUAA